AUGCCAGUGGAAAGAAUAACAAAUGAAGAUUUUUUAGCUCUUUCUAAAACUUUAGAGAAGAAUCCAUAUAUUAAUGGUUUGGAUCUUAGAUAUAACUUCAUAAGUGAUGCUGGUGCAUACUAUGCUGCGAAACUGCUUCAGAAACAACACAAUUUCAUUUACUUAAACCUUAUGUUUAACGAUAUUGGGCCCAAAGGUGGAAAAUUGAUUGCUAAAGCACUACAUAAGAAUACAACUCUGAAAUACCUAAGAAUGACGGGAAACAAGAUUGAAAAUAAAGGUGGAAUGUGUUUUGCUGCAAUGUUACGAAUUAAUUCAUCCUUAGAGAAGUUAGAUCUGGGUGACACUGAUCUGGUGAGUAAAUUGUUUAUGAGGAAAUCACUCAGAUAA